AGUUUGAAGUUCCUAAGCAACACACGACACAAUUGUGUUUGGCGUAUAAGUGGAAACAAUGGCUGCCGCAGUGGCAUCACAGGCCCAGGGCAUUGAAAGUAGAAUCAGAACUAUUGCACAAACCAAACGCAUUAGAAUCAAAGAUUAUUUUCAAGACUUUGAUAAACUUAAAGGAGGUGGAGUAACAGAGAACCAGUUUUUUAGAUGCCUUUGUAGUGCCUUAGGUUUGCAGAUAGAUUCCAGCGAUGUUGAGGCUCUUAAACAGAAAUAUAUGAAAACAGAUGGCCUGCUUAAUUAUAUGCAAUUCUGUAAUGAAAUCGAUUUGAAUUUCAACCCAAAGAACCUGAGAAAAGACCCAAGAGACCAGACAUUUGAAGUACCUGAAUUCCUUGGAACAAUAAGAUCAGUAAGACCACUGGCUCCUAGUGAAGAGGAAAAGUUGCUGUCACUUCUAGGGAGGAUACAGAAGUUCUAUGAGUACCAUGGAAUCAAUCUUAGGACAUGCUAUGAAGAUUUCGACAGACAUCACAUGGGUGUUGUCACAGAAAGCCAGUUUCACAGACAAUUCCCCGGUCCACCUGAUGUUAGUGACAGUGAGAUUGCAUUACUUGUGCAAAAGUACAGAGACCCUGAUCGACCAGGCCUUCUGAAUUAUCUAAACCUCCACCAUGAUCUGGUGGCCAUACAACAACAUGUUGCUGCUCAGAAAGAAUUACCAUCUGUGGGAUCCCAGAAAAACAUGGACCAAGUACCGAUCAUUCAAACUGGAGAUCCAGCAUUAAAUGAAAUAUUCGAGAAAAUCAGGGUAGCCGUGUUUAAGAAUGGAAUCAGGACUACAGAAUUCUUUCGAGACCAUGACAAGCUGAGAAGUGGGAUCGUGACAGAGAACCAGUUUAAGUGUGGCCUGUCUCUGGCUGUGGGGAAGGAAGCUCAGCUAUCCAGGGCUGAGAUACAGAAAGUGGUGGAGUAUUACAGAAUCUCUGAUGACAGGGUCCAGUAUCGGGAGUUCUGUAACAUUAUGGAAAAUGCAUUUAACAUCCCCAAUCUGGAGAAGAAGCCUCUACAAAAUGUUGUCCGUCCUCAGAGGGGUGCAUUGUCCAGGACUCUGAAAGGAUUAACAGAUGAGGAGGAGAGGCAAUGCGAGCAAAUCUUGCAGCAAAUCCGAGAACAAGUCCAAAGGAAGAGGCUGAUGAUUUACCCCUACUUUAAAGACCACGACAGGGGUGUGGCAUACACUAGAGUAGUGACUCCCACUCAGUUCUCCCGAGUCCUUCACUACCUAAGCCUCAAUGUCAACCCAGAGGAACUUAAACUUCUACUGAGGAAAUUCCAGGACCCUGCUAGUGGUGAUGUUAACUACCCAGCCUUUGUCCAGACAGUAGAUAAAGAGUUUGUUGGGCACACAUUGGAGGACGUCAGUAUGAUUGACCAGACAAGAACUAACGUCCCAGUCGUGGAGAAAGAAGUAACUGCUGCAGAUAGCAGUGUGUCAUUUGAAGAGAUGAUGUCUAGAAUUCGCCAUGUGGUCCUCACCAACCGUCUCAGAGUAAUAGAAUAUUUCCAAGACUUUGAUCCUCUGAGGAGUGGUUACAUCAGUAAGACCCAAUUCAAGAGAGGACUGGCCACCAUGGGCCUGAGUAAACUCGGCUCUCAGGACCUGACCGAGGCCCAGUUUCAGAUGCUGGCUAAAUACUAUGAGAAUCCCAAAUCUCCCGACAAAGUCUGCUGGAAGCAAUUCCAAGAUGAUAUCGAAACUGUUUUCACUCAGCCUGGACUGGAGAAAGCCCCUACUUACCAGGUACCCAAAUCUGAGAUGUUCAGGGUCCCUAAACCUGGCACCGUCAACUGGGAGGGAGCCACUCAAGACCAUAUCAACCUUGUAGCAGAAACCAUGAACCGACUCCAGCAAAAGGUCAACCAGAGGAGAAUCCUGUGUAAACCAUGCUUUCAGGAUUUUGAUAGGCACAACAACGGUCAUAUAACCAAGGUCCAGUUCCGUCAGUGUUUAACCUACCUACAACUGAAUGCAAAUGAAGAAGAAAUGAAGGCCUUGGAGGCAAAAUUCUGCAAUGACAUGGGUUUCAAUUACAUCGCUUUCCUCCAAGACCUGCAACCCUACAUGCCCCCCGACUUCAUGUAUGAAAAGAGGUUAGAAGAUAUCCGUCUGACCAACACCAAGAAUAAACUGCCGGAAGUAGACCCGGUUGUUGAUCUGGAGGGUGUGCUGAUGAAGAUCAAAACCAAGGUAUCAAGAGAAAGACUGAGAGUCCUGGACUUUAUGAAGGAUUACGACAAGCUCCGCUCUGGCAGAAUGCUGAAGACGUCCUUCAGGAGAGCCCUCGAUCUAUGUGGAUUCCAGCUAAAGGAAUCUGAAAUAAGCAUUCUGGAGGAUAAAUACCAGUCCAGAAAGGACCCAGAGUAUGUGGAAUACACUCAGUUCUGUGACGAAGUGGAGUCCAUCUUCACCUUUAAGGAACUAGAGAAGGCUCCUCUGCAGGAAGUCAUUCCAUUCAAGCCCCCGGAGGAAUGGACACUGAACUCAUUCAAGAGCGCUGAAGAAGAGCAGAAAUUUCAUGCUGCCAUGCACAAAAUAGCUGAAAAAGUCAGGAAGCAUCAGAUGCAGUUGUUCCCCUUGUUCGAAGAUUACGACAGGGUUCAUCGUGGAUGUGUAUCCGAAUCUCAAUUCCACCGAGUCCUGACUGAGCUGGAGCUGGGUAGCCUUGUCAACAGACAGGAAAUUGAACUCAUUUCUAACUGUUUCCUCAUCACACAAGGACGUCGAGAUGUAUACUACAUCGGUUUCUGUGAUAUGAUUUAUGAAAUUGCCAAAUUUGAAUGGAGAAAACCAUAAAGGAGACGAUUAUAUUUGAUUUUGCCCCCCUUUUCACUUAAGAUCAGAAGGUAUUUUAAAGCAUUAUAAGUAAAAGGAUUUGUGAUGUUCAUGUGUAUAUAUAGAAAAUGUAUACUCUAAAGUUCUAAAUAAGUGUUUUAUUAGCACCACCGAGUAUGCUCCGAAAGUUAGGUAAUUCUUUUAAAAUGACUGCUAUCAUGCGUUAACUGCAAAACCUUCAAUUAUUAUGCUUUUCUCAUUGUUGAAUUUUUGUUAUAAGUGUCACAUUUUAUGUAAACAAGUAUUAAUUCCAUUGUACAGAUGUAUAUGAGAAUAUUCAUAUGUGAAAAUAAAGUGACUUUGAUAUAUACAUA